AUGCUAAAGCUUAAAGGAGAAUUGAGAGCGGCCAAGGAAGCGAAGGAUCAGGUGGGGGAGAGAGAAAGAGAAGUGAGCAGCCUGAAUAGCAAGCUCUUGAGCCUGCAAGUUGACAUCAAGAAUCUGCAUGAUGUCUGCAAGAGACAGGGGAAGACCUUGCAAGAGAAUCAGCUCUGCGUGGAAGAAGUGAUGAUGAACAGCAGCCACAACAAGAAGCAAGCACAGGCAUUAGCAUUCGAGGAGUCACAGAUGGAAUUUAGGUCCAGUAAACAGUGUCACCUGAGACAACUCCAGCAACUGAAGAAAAAAUUGCUGGCCCUUCAGCAAGAACUGGAGUUUCGCACAGAGGAGCUGCAGACAUCUUACUGUUCUCUCCUGCAGUAUCAAUCCAUCCUAGAGAAGCAGACUUCCGACCUCGUUCUUCUGCACCAUCACUGCAAAAUGAAAGAAGAUGAGGUGAUUCUCUAUGAGGAGGAAAUGGGAAAUCAUAAUGACAACACAGGGGAGAAGCUCCUUUUGGCACAGGAGCAACUCGCCUUGGCCGGGGACAAGAUCAUCUCCCUGGAAAGGAGCUUAAACCUCUACAGGGAUAAAUACCAGACUUCCCUAAGCAACAUUGAGUUACUGGAGUGCCAAGUGAAGAUGUUGGAGGGGGAACUCGGCGGAAUCAUCACUCAGGAGCCCGAGAACAAGGGCGAUCAUUCGAAGGUGAGAAUAUACACGUCUUCCUGCGUGAUUCAAGAGCAUCAGGAGACUCUGAAACGUCUGUCUGAAGUCUGGCAAAAGGUUUCGGAACAGGAUGAUCUAAUCCAGGAGCUUCGAAAUAAGCUGGCCUGCAGUAACGCUUUGGUUCUGGAGCGUGAAGAGGCUUUGAUAAAAUUACAAGCAGACUUUGCUUCCUAUACCGCUACCCACAGACACCCUCCCAGCUCCUCAGAAGAUUGUGAAGACAUCAAAAAGGUGCUGAAGCACUUGCAGGAGCAGAAGGACAGCCAGUGCCUGCACGUGGAGGAGUACCAGAACCUCGUGAAGGACCUGCGCAUGGAACUGGAAGCCGUGUCGGAGCAGAAGAAAAACAUCAUGAAGGACAUGAUGAAGCUGGAGCUGGAUCUGCACGGGCUGCGGGAGGAGACGUCUGCCCACGCGGAGAGGAAGGAAAAGGAGGCCGUCCUCCUGCAGUGCCAACUGCAGGAGCUGCAGCUGCAGCUCACUGAGACCCAAAAACUCGCUUUGAAGAAAGACAAGUUACUCCAAGAGAAAGACGAGUUGCUGCACGAGCUGGAGAAGAAGCUGACGCAGAUUCAGAAUUCCCUCGUGAAGAAAGAGAUGGAGCUGGAGAAGCAGCAGUGCGUGACCUCGGAGCUCGAGCGGACCGUCCGGGAGGAAGAGCAGGACAAGUCCAAGGCCGAGUGCGGGGCCCUGCGCGCUGAGCUCCAGAAGCUGAAGGACAGUCUGGAAGAGGCCAGGCAGCAGCAGAGGCAGGCUGCUCAGCAAGCAGCCCAGUAUAAAGAAGAGGCCACGCAGGCAGGGAGCAACCUGGAGGACGCCCAGAGGAAACUGCAGAACUGCGUGUUCCUGGACAAGCAGAAGGCAGGCACCAUCCAGGAGCUACAGAGAGACAUUAAGAAGCUGCAGAAGGAGUCCUCGAUGGCUGAAGAGGAGUUAGCCUCCAACAGGAAACGCAUGGAGGAGCUGACAUCAGAACUCUCUGAGGCCCUGAGGAAGCUCGAAAAUUCAGACAAGGAAAAGAGGCAGCUUCAGAGGACAGUGACUGAGGAGGACAUAAAAACGAGUGACUUGCAAGAUCAUAUCAAACUCAUUCAGCACCAGAACAGAGAGCUAACCUCCACCAAAAGCAAGCUGGAAGAUGAGCUUCAGGAGGUGACAAGGUCACUGGAGGAGAAACGGGAGCAGUUGAGAAAGAGCAAGGAACAGGAGAAGUUGCUGGAGGAAGAACUUGAGACUUUGCGGCAGGAAUUAAAAAGGAAAGAAAAGAUGUCGAAGGAGAAUAUGAGAAAGUCAGAGGAGGAGGAAAAGAAUCUCCGAGCACAGUUGAUGCAUUAUUCUACACAAGUGGAAUCCUCCUUUAGCAAAUACAGCUCCUCCCAGCAAGUCGUCCAAGAGCUGAAUAAAGAGAUAGCCGUUCACAAGGAGACCAUAGUAAGUCUGCAGGCCCAGCUGGACAAGGCUCUGCAGAAAGAGAAGCAUUUUAUCCAGACCAUGGUUACUAAAGAAGUCUAUGAAGAGUUAUCCCGGAAGUCCAUUGCCUGCCAGGAUGACCUGACACAAGCGCUCGAGAAGCUCAAUCAUGCAACCUCAGAGACAAAGAGCCUGCACCGAAACCUGACACAGACCCAAGAGAAGAAAGCUCAGCUGGAAGAGGAAAUCCUUGCUUACGAGGAGAGGAUGAAAAAGCUCAAUGUGGAAUUAAAAAAACUGCAGGGCUUCCACCAGCAGAGUGAGCUAGAGGUGCAUGCCUUUGACAAGAAGCUAGAGGAGAUGAGCAACCAGGUGCUGCAGUGGCAGAAGCAGCACCAAAAUGACCUCAAGAUGCUGGCGGCUAAAGAGGAGCAGCUCAGGGAGUUCCAGGAGGAAAUGACCACCCUGAAAGAGAACCUCCUUGCAGACGAGAAGGAGAUCUCCUGCCUGCCCCAGCGGUCUGUGCCCAAAGACACCUGCAGGCUCCACCGAGAGAAUGACCAGAUUAUGUCCAACAUGGAGCAGUGGGCAAAAGAGCAGAAGAUUGCCAAUGAGAAACUAGGAAACAAACUCCGUGAACAGGUGAAAUACAUCGCCAAGCUGACAGGUGAAAAGGAUCACCUCCACAAUGUAAUGGUCCAUCUGCAGCAGGAAAACAAGAAGUUGAAGAAUGAGAUAGAAGAGAAGAAGAUGAAGGCAGGGAACCCGAGGCUGUGCACCAAAGCCCUGGGCCUGAGCAAAGCAGAGACCACACCACGGGCAAAACUGUGCAGCGCGCUGGGCUGGAGGGCGACGCCCCAUGACGUGAGCCAAAAACUGGACAUGACCAAGUUGGUCGGGAUACCCCACUGCUCGGGGAGUGUGGGGGGUCAGAGGGGAACCAGUAAACAGGCAUCUGCCUCCUGCUGUGUGUCUGCGUGCUCCCCACAAGAGCGCCCCAAGCCCCCACUCAGCCUGGGUCCACAGCUGCCUUUCCUGCCACCUAUAAACUCCAUGUUACCCCAGAGGGAAGAAGUCACCCUGCAGCAGAGCAGCCUGGCCAUGAGAAGACGGUGA